GGAGGAAGGUGAGGGACGUUUUAACUGGACAGCAGUACUGUCUGGGUUUAGAGACUCCACAGAAGACCCGAGUGACGGACGAGAGUCGGGUUGGACCUCCCGGUCGGGAAUCAUGCUUUUUUGAAGGCAAUCCGCUGGAGUCGAAAUCGCAGACGCAAGACAAGCAAGAAGUCAGCAGAACUACAUCUGCUACUGAUACUUCACCUCUUCAGCACUCAGAGAGCUCCCAGCAGAGAGAAAUGGCUUCAAUUCUACCUGUGCUUCUUCUAAGUUUAUUUCUUCAGUGUACACCAAGCUAUUCACAGCAAGCUAUUUGCAUGCUAGAAAAUGCAACGGAUAAAGAAAGCUUUACUUUUACCAUCAGUCCAGCAGUGUAUAAGCCCAACACAACCUACAAUGUUACCGUUUCAGGAUUGCAAAACGAAGUAAAAGUAGCACUAUCAGCUUCCAUGAAUAAUUCGAUCAUUGGGACUUGGGAAAAUAAUACCUCAAAUUGCUCUGGAAUUUUAAAAGAGACCAGUUCAAAUUUGGAGGCGCGAUGGACUUCAUCUAGUGAAAACUAUGCUUAUGUUGAGUUCAGGGCUUAUGCCAUGAUGGACAAUAAAACAUAUUUCCAGACAAAAAUGAUUAACUCUUCUGACACCAUGACAAACAUGACCACCAUGAACAGUACAAGCACCACUCCAAUGACUUCACAUGCUUCUGACAUCAUGACUAACAUGACCACCAUGAACAGUACAAGCACCACUCCAAUGACUUCACAUGCUUCUGACAUCAUGACUAACAUGACCACCAUGAACAGUACAAGCACCACUCCAAUGACUUCACAUGAUAAAAGCAAAAUGACAUCUCCUAUGACUCACAUGACCAACAAUAUGACAACACAGACUACAACUGCAAUGAAAACCACGACUUCAAACACUGCAGGAAUGGUUAUAGGCUUCAAGACACUGCAUGCAUUUACCUGUAUGCUUCUGCUCCUUGUUACAGCCCCAUAGCUGCUGUCAUAAACAGUAAAAAAAUGCUGACUUCCAGCAUUCCUAUUCGAUAAGCCUUUAAUAAUAAGAAUUAUUGGCCUUUCACUCUACCAUAUCAAACUUAAGGGACCAAAAUUGGGAAAUGUAAGUUAUCAGAAUGUGUAUUUCCUUCUAUCAAAACAAAUUAUCCCUCUGUCAAAUAUUGCAUUCUACUUCUCAAUGUCUAAGGUUCCACCCAGAACCAAGUACAACAGGUAUUCUGUAGAUUGCAUUCUUCUCCUUGAUGGACUUUGAAAUAGGGUGACAAUCAUUAUAUUAUAGAACUCUACAAUGAAUAAAACCUUCUAGAAAUAUAAACCCUCUUUAGUAUUUCAUAUAAGUCCUUGAACUUGUCAAUAUGGAUCUACUUCAGAAUUUUCCUUAACAUUGAUUGAUUCAAUGAAUUUGAUGAAAUUGGUGUGUUCAUUCACUGCAGUUAUUUACCUUAUCUUAUUAUAUUUACCUUAUCUUUGUUAGGAAGCUUAUCACAAACUGGAUGUUUAAUUUCUUUGUGUAAAGAUGAAAGCAGAUAGCUUGAUGUCUCUGUAGGAGAAUCCCACUAACUUUUAGCUAAUGAGAAAAAUCUUGCCUCAUGAGUGUGACACAAUACAAAUCUCAAUUAAGUCAGCAAUUGAUUUCCAAUGAAUAUUAAUCUAUGAAGUGAUUAGUUUUAUCCAUGAUUCAACAUAGUGUUGUAAACAUAGAAAUGAUAUUAUCAAACAAGUUUGCCUGUUUGCAAAUUCAUAUUGACAAAUAGCUGAAAAGGGGAAUUGGUUCAACCUUUUAAAAAGAUCAUCUGCUGAACUUGAACAUAGAACUAUCACUUUACAAACAUUUUUGUUGGUUUUUCAACCAAUGAAGCUUAUUUGGUGCAAAAAUGCUCUUUGCCACUUGACUUCAAUCUUUAAUAGUUGUCAAUCAUAAAUGGCAUCGUUGUUUCAAAAUAAUAACUUUGGUUUUAGUAUCUUUCCUGUUGUUUGAUUAAAUGAUAACUUGGUUGGUGUUUACUAAUGUAACAUAUUGCACAAUUCUAGUUCAUCCUAACAUGAUACCAAAGGCAGUAAUCUUUUGAGACAGUGACCAUGUAAUGAAGAUUUGCAGGCACAUGGUUGCAGACUGAAGAAGGUAUAGGUUAUCUUGUCCUUCAAGAUAAAGCCAUGGUGGAUAACUACUAUUAAACACAUAUUAAACAUUCUGUAAAUGCAAUUAAGUGAUAUAAAUAAAUUGUCAAAUUAAUUAAUAAUUAAAAAAUGAG